AUGAAGAAUUGGAACGGGCUGGACAAUGCAGCAGCGCCGGUCAAGCAUCCGAGGCCCAAGGUUUGGUGGCGUGCACUCUCUGCGACUUUCGUCACACUUGUUUGCUUUGCAGCAGUGGAUGCAAUAUUUCCUGCAUUGAAGAGCUGGAAGAUCCCCUUGGUUCCGUGGAUAGAACUUGCUUCGCAUCAUGCUGCUUUUGAGUGGAAUGAGAUAACGGCGACUGAGCACUUGGCGUUCCACAAGUGCUUUGAUGGCUUUGAAUGUGCGAAAUUGAGUUUACCGCUGGAUUACUUCAACGACAGCUAUCCCGGCCAUACCGUUAGUAUUGCCAUCACAAAGCUACCGGCUGUAGUUCUUGUGGAUGAUCCACGAUAUGGCGGGCCCAUUUUGCUGAAUCCUGGUGGACCAGGAGGCGCUGGCGCAGCGUUUGCACUUACGACGGCAGAAUCGGUGCAGGCCAUUGUAGAUCAUGGCCUUCAGCCUGAACACGCGCCUGCCGAUGCAAGAUACUUUGACAUAAUCGGUUUUGACCCUCGAGGCAUCGGUUGGACCGAACCUGCUGCCCGGUGCAUGCCCGAUCAGCCCUCGGCAUGGUCGUGGAAUCUACGGGAAACAAACGAAGGUCUUAUAGGAAGCUCAGAUGCAGCUCUUGGUAGACUGUGGUCUAUGACCCAUGCGUUUGGAGCAUCUUGCAAACUGGCUGAAGAAGACCAGAAUGGCCCGGAUAUCAAGCAGUACAUGUCGACAGCGUCUGUUGCCAGAGACAUGCUGGAGAUUACCGAAAGACAUGCUGAGUACGUUGCAAAAGAGCUAGCUCGCAAGACUGGUAAUCGACGUGAUACCAAAUACGUUCCAGGAAAAAGCAAGCUUCAAUACUGGGGAUACUCGUACGGUACUUACCUUGGCUCAACUUUUGCCUCCAUGUUCCCCGAGCGUGUCGGGCGCGUCAUUCUCGACGGAGUUGUCAGUACAUACGACUAUGAGAACUCUCUCGGAAACGGGAGUCUCACAGACACUGAAAAGGCCAUGAAAUCCUUCUAUACCUUCUGUUACCACGCAGGACCUGACAAGUGUCCCUUGGCAACCGCAAACUCCAGCGUUGCAGACAUAGAACAGCGUUCUCAGAAAAUCAUCGAUUCCCUAUACCACGACCCUCUCGCCAUCAUAUCUCCACAAGGCCCCGACUUCCUCACAUGGUCUGACCUCAAAAUUCUCAUGUUUACGUCCGUCUACCAACCCCGUCUCUUCUUCCCAGCACUCGCCUCCCUACUCUCAGCCAUCGAAGCCGGAGGCGGCCCCGUCAUCGACCAAUUAGCAGACGCCUACCACUACACGCACGUCUACUCAUGCUCCGCCAACGACUCCUCAUCCCUCGACAUCCUAGACACCGUCGUGCCCCUAACGGCCGUCCUCUGCGGUGACGGCAUCGACCGAACCGACAUGACCAAAGCCGAAUUUAUCGAGUAUUGGAAAGACAUAAACACCCUGUCCUCCACCGGCGGCUCCUUCUGGUCCAUGUUAGCGAUGCGCUGCGCAGCCUGGAAAAUCCACGCAAAAUACACGUUUGAAGGCCCUGUUGGAGGGGAAACUUCACACCCCAUUCUUUUCAUCAGUAACACUGCUGAUCCGGUUACACCCUUGCGUAGCGGCCGCUUAAUGCACAGCUUGUAUCCCGGCAGCAGUCUUUUGGUAAGCGACCAUGCGGGUCACUGCUCCAUUUCCUCGCCUGAUCCUUGUCUGUUUUCGCAUGUGAGGAGGUACUUUCAAUCUGGCGUGUUGCCGCGAGAUGGGACGGUUUGUGUGCCGCCGGCUAGUCCUUAUUCGCUCAAUUCGACGGAUCCGAAGUCGCCGUUUUAUGAUCCGGAGCUUGGGAGUGGGAAUGUUAAGACGCUUGGAGACAAGGAUUUGGGGCGUGAGGAGCGGCGUCUGCUAAGUGACGCGGGGUUGAGGUUGCAGAGGGAUGUUGUGAGGAGUGGAGCGUUUGGGUUGAAUGUGCCGGAUGGUGAGAAGGGGAGGGUUGUAACGAAUUUGGCAGUGGAUCUUCAUUGGUAG